AUGGUGCCAAAGCAUCCCAGAUUUAGUAUGAGGCCAUCGAUCAAGGUCCCUGCUACAGGGGCCAUCACCCCACCGGAAGAUCCAAUGGAGUCGGGAGGCUCAUUGGAGGAAACCUUGAGCUCGUUCAAUAAAGAACCCCCCAGUCCGUCGACCGAGAGCGAGAAUUCAAUGGAUGAAAUUUGGCAACAAGUGGCCGAUCAAUGCCAUUGCUCUCUGGACGAUAUUGAAGAUGUAUAUGCCUGCACCGCCCUCCAAGAAGCAAUGAUAGCCCUCACAUUCAAAGACCCAAGGGCAUACACCAUCGAACACGAAUACCGUCUGCCACAAGGGAUUGACCACCAUAAGCUGAAGGAGGCAUGGAUAAGCACAGCUCAAGCCAACCCGAUAUUGAGGACGCGUAUGAUUCCAACGAGUCAACGCGGCUGUGUGCAGGCAGUGGUGGGAGGAUCAGUUCCAUGGCAGGUUCAGGAGACCGACGACGGCAUAAAUUGUGAGAGCACAUGCCCUUCCUGGCGACCAGGCGGUCCUCUUGCGUAUUUCUUCUUCAAUGUCACCGAGCAUAAGCUGAAGGUGACAAUCCAUCAUUCCAUCUGCGACCACUGGUCGAUGGCAUUGUUGUUGCGCCAAGCUGCCGCUGCCUACAGAGGCGAGGAGCUGUCUUUCCACCCCUUUCGACCUCUUGUGGAUUAUGUACAGCGGACCCAAGACAAAUCCAAUGCUUUUUGGCAAUUGAAGUUCGGUGAUGCACACGAGGCCACGAUGAUGGCAUUUCCCCAACUACCCACAGUGGGUCAUUCCGCAAGACCAACCGAGCGACUAGAGAGGUCCUUUAGCAUCCAAGAUGGCAAAAGUUCCUCAAGCACCGUCGGGACUAAGAUUCGGCUGGCCUGGUCGAUUCUGCAAUCGGUCUAUACUGGCUCUGACGACACAUUAUUUGGAGCAGUCAACGCGGGUCGCGCAGUGUCCGUUGCCGGCGUACAGGACUUGAGCGGACCUGCACUUGCUAGCGUACCGGUGCGUAUCAAGCUGUGCCGGCAGAAUACCGUUGCAGAGGCCUUGAUUGCAGUACAGGACGAAUGGGCAACUUCUAUGGAGUUCGAACACGUGGGAUUGCAAAAUCUGCUCCGCCUUGGACCUGGUCCAGCGGCAGCAUGUCAUUUCCAAACCUUGCUCUCAGUAGAGCCUCGAGACGGCCAUCAACUUCCCGACUUAUUCUCUCAGAGUCGAUCGACUCAAAUGACAUAUGAUAUGUAUCCUUUGAUCCUACGAUGUCGCCCCUCAACCACGACGAUGUCGAUUGAGGCUUCUUUUGACCCAGCAGCUACCGAGCCCAGUCAAAUGGAGCGCAUUAUCUCCCAAUUUAUUCACAUUUACGAGCAGAUCGACACAAAACCAAGCCUCACACUUCUCGAUAUCAGUGUUGUGAGCCCCGAAGAUUUGAGCCAUCUCCGCCGCCAGAACAUCUCGACAAAUCCUCCUGCAGUCACGUCGUGCGUUCAUACCUUAAUUGAAAGACGGACGCAACAACAACCCCGUGCCCUGGCCCUCGACAGCUGGGAUGGCAAAUAUUCCUAUCUAGCCCUCGAUACCUUGUCUUCGGCAUUGGCUAACCAUCUCUCCUCGCAUCAUGUUGGCUGCGGGUCAUUUGUACCUCUUCUCUUGGGAAAGACUAAGUGGAUGGCUGUCGCCAUGCUUGCUGUGAUGAAAUCUGGUGCUGCUUUUGUGUUGCUAGAACCAUCACACCCGUUGUCCCGAUUGCGGACUAUGUGUGAAGCUGUUGCAGCUCCCCUGGUAUUGACUUGCGGCUUGCAUAUUGAACUGGCGGCCCAGCUUGGGGUCCCACUGCUACUCAACGUGGAUACUUUUGACUUGGAGCAGCUACGUUGCAAUAGCUCUUCCAAGAAGUCCUCGGUCGGCCCACAGGAUCCCGUUUAUCUGACAUUUACCUCUGGUUCCACAGGAACCCCCAAAGGCGUAAUUGUCCAUCACGAAGGCUUUGCUUCAAGUUCUGUGGCUCAUGGAAAGCCAUACCAUUUCACACCGGAGUCCCGUGUGCUACAAUUUGCCUCUCCAGCAUUUGAUUCUUGCAUUAUUGAGCAUAUCAGUACUCUGAUUCAGGGAGGCUGUGUCUGCAUUCCUUCAGCGGACGACUGUCAUAGUCGCCUUGUUGAAUCGAUGAACCAAUUUUCAGUGACCGUUGCGUGCCUGACGCCCAGUGUUACUCGGAUCAUUAGUCCUGACAGUGUUAGGUCCUUAAAGGUUUUAGUAUUUGUCGGAGAGGCAGUUCUGGCUAGCGACGUUGUUCGCUGGGAACCUUUCGUACACGUUGGAAAUGCGUAUGGCCCAGCUGAGUGCUCAGCAGUGUUCAGCGUACAACCGAAUCUCAAGAGCAACGAUCCAGCGAACAUAGGAUUUAGCACGGGAGGAUUUGGAUGGGUUGUUCAUCCGGACAACCAUCAGGUUCUCAUGCCACAUGGAUGUGCUGGAGAACUAUUCAUUGAAGGACCGAUUGUUGGCAAGGGUUAUCUAUCGAUGCCUGAGCAAACGGCUCGCGCCUUCGUUGAACCACCUCCCUGGCGCUUACAAUUUGGGUCCGUUCCAUCCGGAAAAUUCUACAAAAGCGGAGACUUGGUGCAAGCUACCGGGGGUGGAAGUUUCCGAUACCAUGGUCGGAAGGAUACUCAGGUCAAACUACACGGGCAGCGUUUAGAACUGGCGGACAUUGAGUACCAUCUUCACGAAGCAUUUCCAAAAGCCCGCCAAACCCUUGCAGAAGUUCUCCGGUCAUCUUCCCAGAAUGGUAUCAAUAAUCAUCGACCAGAGGCUUUGCUUAUAGCAUUUAUAUGUCUCCCUUCGUCUCCUUCAAAUGACGGCAAUCAUCAAGCCGAGUUCCUUCCUCCAACCGACGAGUUUCGUGAAGCUUGUGCUGCAGCAGAGGCUAGCAUGUCGGAUGUUCUACCCUCUUUCAUGAUUCCACGGUUUUUCCUGCCUCUAUCCCAUGUACCUCUGACGCCAUCUGGGAAGACCAAUCGACGUUACAUCCAAGAGCAGGCGAAUAAGCUGUCCUUGGAGGAGAUGAAGGCUUAUCGAUCUGUGAAAAUCCAACCCGAGGCGCCAUCAAGUUCUCGCGAGGAAAAACUUCAAGAGAUCUGGGCCAAGACACUAAAUCGAACUGUUGAAGAAAUCGGUACAACAGAAAGCUUCUUUCGUCUGGGAGGUGAUUCAGUCAGCGCGAUGCAAGUCGCUGCAGGUUGUCGUAUCAUUGGCCUCAAAGUAGCUGUUGCUGAUAUUUUUCGGUUUCCAACCAUCAGGCAACUAACGGAACGGAUUCAAGAUUCCGGCUCUGUCUCUUUUGCUCCAGCCGGGGAGGACGAUCAAACAGAGGUAUGGUUUGAGCUUUCCCCGGUCCAGAAGCUCUUCUUUGAGCGAGUACCGAAUGGUCACAACAAGUUUACUCUCGAGUUCAUUCUUCGACUUGGAAAGCCCCUUCCACCUCCUGAAAUCAAACGAGCGAUUGAGAAGAUUGUUACCACUCAUUCAAUGCUCCGCGCCCGUUUUGAACAACAAGAUAGCCAUUGGAGGCAGAUUAUCAGUCCUGAUGUGUCUAGAAGCCUUCGUUUUAGACAGCAUCGGAUUUCAUCUAUGGAUGACCGUAAAGCCCUACAGAAGAUUUUGUCAACCAGUCAAAACACGCUUGAUAUCGCCGAAGGAGUGAUGAUUGUUGUUGACGUUUUCAUCACGGAUUCCGGGGAGCAGUUUUUGGGGUUGAUGGCGCAUCAUCUUGUGAUUGACCUAGUAUCAUGGCGCAUCAUUCUGCAAGACCUGGAAGAUAUUCUCAGCACGGGACGCACCAUACAACCUCUCUCCUUAUCAUUUCAACAAUGGUGUCGGCUGCAACAAAGCUAUGCCGGUGCCUCGCUGGAUCCCAGUGAAACACUGAAAACAGAAAUUCCACGUCCUUCGAUGGACUACUGGGGCUUAGAGGCUACCCUGAGUGCGAAUACUUGGGCGGAUGCAACACGACGAACCAUCACCGUAUCAAAGGAGACAACAGAGGCAAUAAUUGGUGCUGCAAAUGGCGCAUUCCAUACCCAGCCAGUGGAAAUCAUCCAGGCCGCCGUACUUUACGCCUUUGUUCAAGCGUUUGACAAUCGAUCAGCACCCACCUUGUUCAGCGAAGGGCAUGGGAGAGAGCCAUGGGACGCAGAUAUUGAUAUAUCCCGCACAGUUGGAUGGUUCACCACUAUUGCACCUUUGUUUUUGGAUGUUAAGAAAGAGGACAGCGUCAGGAGAAUCUUGCAGUUGACAAAAGCCGGUCGCCGCGGCAUAUCCACCAAUGGAUGGGCGUACUUUGCGUCGCGAUUCCUCCACCCUGACGGACCAAAAAAGUUCGAGAGUCAUUCUCCAAUGGAGAUUCUUUUCAACUACACCGGUCUUUUCCAACAAUUUGAACGAACAGGCGCCCUCCUUCAAAUGACAUCAGUCCAAGAUGAUUCGCUUCUCCCCAUGGCACCUGAUUUGCCGCGCAUGGCUCUCAUUGAUGUGAACGCAACCGUCAUGAAUGGCUCUCUCAGCUUGUCAUUUAUAUAUAAUCAACGAUUGCGGCACCAGGACCGAUUAGAUCAAUGGAUCAGUAAUUGCCUACAAACCCUUGAGGAACUCCCCAUGGAGCUUCAGCAAGAACAGCGACUCUCCGCUAUCGAUUUCCCCUUGCUAUCCCUUGCAAGCGAGGAGCAACUUCACAGCCUACUCCAUCAGGUCUCAGGUCGAUUCGAUGUGUCUCCGUCUGGAAUUCAGAAUAUGUUCCCUUGCUCGCCCGUGCAACUCGGCAUGUGGUUGAGCCAGUUACGAAACCCCCAAGUAUACUGGUCGCAUAUCAGGUGGUCUCUAUACCCAACCUCCGCCCAACCAAUUGAUAUCACUGAGGUCAAGCAAGCAUGGCAGCAAGUCGUUGACCGCCAACCCAUCUUGCGCACUGUCUUCACCGAUGGCGUCACAGGGCACGGUCAUCCUGUCCAAGUAGUUCUGAGAACUUGCGAGGGAAACAUCAAGACGUUGUCAGGAUCGGAAUUAAGCGAAGAAGACCGAGUUCCUGCUCUUUCUGAUGAGUUCCUAUUGAACCCAAAAUCCUCAAACACCAAGGGUCGCCCGCCUCAUCAGCUUACCGUCGCAAUCGAGCCUGAUGGUGGAGCUUACUGCCAGCUGACUAUCCACCACAUUCUUGUUGAUGGUAUCACAGAGCAAAGAUUAUUGUCAGAAUUGCACCAAGCAUGCAAUGGAAAGCUAGACGCCAAGUCUGCGGGCUGCUAUAGCAGGUACCUGGGCUAUCUGCAAACUCGAGACAACAAGGUUUCGGAAUCCCACUGGAAGGAAUACUUGACUGAUGUCCACCCAUGUGUCUUUCCAUCUAUUGGAUUGAAAGCGCGUGGGACCGCCUCAAGCUCUCUGAAAUUAUUACCAUUCUCCAUGAAGAUCGGAAAGGAACUCAGCUGCUUCUGCCGGAAUAAUGAUAUCACCAUUUCCAGUUUGCUACAAGUUGCUUGGGGUAUUGUUCUCCGUGCAUAUACAGGAAACGAGUCUGUAUGCUUUGGGUAUCUGAAUGCUUGUCGUGAUAUUCCAGUUCAAGAUGCACAAGAUAUCUCUGGGCCUUUAAUCAAUCUUUUGAUUUGCCGCCUGAAUCUAAGUGAUGAAUUAUCAGUUCUCUCAACGCUUGCCGAAAACCAUUCGGCCUACGCUCAAAGCCUUGAUCACCAACAUUGCGCUUUGGCAGAAGUCAUGCAUUCUUUAGAUCUCUCCGGUCAACCUUUGUUCAACACCGCUAUGUCAUUGCAGAAGGAUCCCGGGAGUCUGUUUUCAGAACAGUGCGAAAGGAUCAAGUUGCAGCCAGAAGAUGGGGUUGACUCAACUGAGUAUGACCUGACUAUCAAUAUCACUUCGCGUGAGGAGACCAUUGAUGGUGAUCUGACAUACUGGACGCACACUGUGGAUGAAGCUCAAGCCGAAUUGGUUGCCGACACCUUUCAUCACAUCAUCCUGCAGCUUAUUGAUCCCUCAGUCACCAAUCUAAGCGACAUCAAUCUUUCAAUGGGGAAGAAUGCGAGUCAGAUGCUUCGUUUCAAUUCCAAGCUACCGCAAACUGUACGGUCUUGUAUUCACAAUGACAUACAGCGAAUCAUGACGGCACAACCCACAUCUCCGGCGGUCGAUGCCUGGGAUGGCCAGUUCUCAUAUGAGACUCUCGAUGUUCUCUCAUCGCUACUAGCGAAAGACCUGACCCGGCUUGGUGUAGGUCCCGAGGUAUUUGUUCCGGUAUGCCGUGAAAGGUCCCGAUGGACAGUAGUCGCCAUACUCGCCAUUCUGAAGGCAGGUGGAGCAUUCAUCUUGCUUGACCCAUCACACCCACGGGAGAGACUGCAAGAAAUGAUACAAGUGAACUUUCAGUGUCCAGUUAUAAUUACCUCAUCGAGGUACCUUGAGCUUGCCGCCACUCUAGCGCCCAAUCCCAUCAUCGUGGAAGACCGAGGCCAUAUAUCGCAACCUGACAUUUCCACAUCAAUUAUCCCAUCAUUGGCGAGUCCUAGUUCUUCUGCAUAUGUCGUUUUUACAUCUGGAUCGACCGGUAGGCCAAAGGCAAGCGUCAUCGAGCACCAAUCUUUCCUGUCAGCAUCAGCUGCACAUGCCCAGAUACUUCAUCUUGAUAAACAUGCCCGGGUUCUCCAAUUUGCCUCCUAUGCUUUUGAUGCUAGCAUUGUGGAAAUGAUCGACACCCUCUUAGUCGGUGGCUGUAUUUGCAUUCCCUCCGACAGGAACCGAAAUCAAAGACUGGCACAUGCAAUCCGCGAGAUGCAAGUGAACUGGACACUGCUGACCCCUUCGGUGGCACGCAUCCUAAAUUCGCAGGAUGCUUCGACCUUGGAAACACUUGUGCUUGGUGGAGAGGGUAUGACUAGGGAUGAUGUCCGUCGCUGGUCACCCCAUGUGUGCUUAAUGAAUGCCUACGGCCCGUCAGAAUGCUCUGUCAUUGCGACUGCCCAGCCAUCAGCGCAACAGCUCGCACAAGAUGAAUCAAAUAUUGGAUACCCUGUUGGUUGUGUCGCAUGGGUGGCGCAUCCAAAAAACCCAGAGAAGCUCGUACCUGUUGGUGCUGUCGGGGAAUUGCUCAUCGAGGGUCCCAUCAUCGGUCGCGGUUACGUCAAUCGUCCGGAGGCCAUGGCAGCGGCAUUCGUACCAUAUCCCAUUUGGCUAUGCAAGCUCCGUGGUUCCUCACAGGGCGUUUUGUAUCGAACAGGUGACCUUGUGAGGCGCCUUGCGGAUGGCUCUGUACAAUACCUUGGGCGGAAAGACCGUCAAGUCAAGUUGCGUGGACAGCGUAUCGAACUUGCUGAGGUUGAGCACCAUGUUCAGCAAUGCUUUCCUAUAAACGAGCCUGAAGUCUUUGCAGAUUUAAUCUCACCAAAUGAUUCAAAAGAUCCACAGUUGGUAGCCUCCAUUGUUCAACCUGAAGACAGUGACGACACUCCGGCCUUCGAAACGGCCGUGGAGCAAAUGAAAUCACAUCUUCAGGCGGAUGUUCCAGCUUUUCUUGUUCCCUCUGCAUUUAUUCCUGUCUAUCAGGUACCACGAUUGGUAAACGGGAAGAUUGACCGCGAAAGGGUGCGGGAUGCAGCAUGCCAUGGGCUAGGAGUACAGAUCUCUCAAGGCGCGACCAAACACCUCCUACGAGAGUCAAGGGAAAUGACAGAGAGUGAACGCACAUUACAAGAUUGUUGGGCUGAGGUCCUGGCUCGCCCUGCGGAGACAAUCGGACCUGAUGACAACUUCUUCCGCUUGGGCGGAGACUCGAUCGCAGCAAUGAGGCUAGCUGCCACGGCUAGCGAGCAAGGCAUUGAACUUGGUGUCUCGGAUAUCUUCCUGCAUCCCAAGCUUAGCGAUCUAGCACUGAAUUUCUCAAUGCCAGGGUCGACUGAAUCACCAAGCUCCAAACCAAAAAAAUUGGCCGAUUCUGUGCCCCCGUUCUCAAUGCUCCCGUCAAAUCACAGGGAAGAAUUGAAAUUACAGGCAAUGGAACAAUGCAAUCUCCCGAUAGAGCAAAUGGCGGACAUAUACCCCUGCACCGCAUUGCAGGCCGGUAUGGUAGCUUUGACAGCGGAGCGUCCUGGGUCAUACAUCGGAUACCAUCGUUUCCGCCUAGGGACAGAUACUGAUCUGUCUUUAUUGAAAACUGCUUGGGAGAUGGUAGCAAAAUACAACGGAAUUCUGCACACUCGUUUCAUUCAAACAGAGUCUGGCUUCAUGCAGGUCCUGGUACAGAACAGCGAGCUUCACUGGAUCUCGCCGGGUAUGAAGGAAGACAAAAGGUUAGAGUGGAACGUUCUUCUAGGCCAGCCACUGGUGCAGUUCGAAGUCAUCCCAGUAUUAAGCGAGGGUUCCAAUAUCUCUCAGCAGCUUGACCUGGUUAUCACCAUUCAUCAUGCUCUGUACGACUCUUGGUCACUCCCUCUGCUUGUUCACCGUGCACGGCAGGCUUACCAGGGCCAGAUACCGGUACCCUCCGAGAUGACUCCAUUCAAAGAAUUCAUCAAAUAUUCCAUGUCCCAACAAAAGGACGCGCUCGAACACUGGCGUCGUGAAUUCCAUGAACUUGCCGCCGAGCCAUUUCCCACACUUCCUUCCACGUCAUAUCGGCCUCAGGCUUCAACGCAAACGGUACGAACGAUUGAGACAGGUCCAGUGAUGGACGAAUGUGUCAGUCGAACCACCGCCAUUCGCUUUGCAUGGGCACUUGUUCAGUCUCAUUACCAGAGUAAUGAUGAUGUGGUAUUUGGAAUUGUGUCCCCUGGCCGAACAGCAUCGGUCGAUGGCAUUGAGGGCAUGGCUGGUCCAACAAUUGCCACCCUUCCAUUGCGCGUGAAAAUCAAUGAUAAUGCGACCGUCUCACAGGCCCUCAGAAAUCUGCAAGAGCGAACAGUACAGCUCAUGCCAUUCGAACAAGUUGGGCUACCUGAUAUUGCUGCCAUAGGGCCGGAGGCCAAGCAGGCCUGUUCGUUCCAAACCCUACUCGUUGAGGGUAGAGGAGAGGUUGAAGACUUGGGCACCGGCAAUUAUCAUCCUAUGGAACCCAUAGGAACUUCAUCAGGAGAUGCUGCGUCAAACACUUACGCCAUUCAACUAGCCGUUAUGCUCAAGCCAAAUAUGGUCACUGUUGCAGUUUCCAAUGAUGAGUUUGUCAUUCCAACAUGGCAAGUGGAGCAUAUGCUGGACCAAUUCAGCCAUAUCUUGCAGCAGGUGCACCAUCAUCCCGAAAGACCAGUGCACGAAAUUGCUACAUUGAAUGAAAAGGAUAUCCAGCAGCUGCAAGCUUGGAACACUGGAUUCCCGGAACGACUUUCGGAGUCGAUCACUGAUGUGAUUUCUCGGCAUUGUGAGAGGCAACCAUCGAGUCUCGCCGUCUCGUCUUCUAGCUUCGGCCUCUCGUAUAAAGAACUAGACAUUCUUUCCACCAACGUUGCUAGCCUUCUGCGUUUGCAUGGUGCCACAUCAGAGGUAUUCGUCCCAAUAUACCUGGAUCGAUCAUGCUGGACUGUGGUAGCGGUGUUGGCCGUGGUCAAGGCCGGGGCAGCCUUCGUCAUUUUAGACACCUCGCAUCCACAAGAGCGGCUUCGGAAUAUGUGCGAAGAAUUAAACCCUCUUUUCAUACUUACGUUGCCCGAGCAUCGUGAUAAAGCCGAGGCGUUGUUCCGCAAUGUUGUUAUCAUGCCUCAGACGAUUGACCCUGAGUGUGCAUCGGUGCCAGUUCACAAGACGACCCGUCUGGGCACAGAUCGUGCUCUUUACGCAGUAUUCACGUCUGGUUCAACUGGUAAACCCAAGGGCGUUGUGAUUGAGGAUGGUUCCUUUACAACAAUGACCAAACAAGUUUCUCAUAUUAUGGGUAUUUGCCCAGGUAGUCGCAUGCUGCACUUCUCUUCCUAUGCUUUCGAUCUCAGCAUUAUGGAAAUACUCGGUUCAUUGCUUGCAGGUGCCUGUGUCUGUGUUUUGACUGAGUCUGAGCGCAGAGGCCGACUUACUGAGUCAUUGCAAGUGCUAAGACCAUCUCAUGCCUAUUUAACACCUAGUGUGUUGCGCGCAAUGGUGCCAAGCGAGUUGGGAUCUCUCCGAACGCUCAUGCCCGGUGGAGAACCCCUUCGGUCAAGCGACAUUAAACAGUGGCUGCCACAUGCACGGAUCGUACCCGCUUACGGUCCAGCAGAAUGCACGGUCGCAUUUACUGUGCAGUCCCCAAUCGACCUUAACUCGCAAGGUGGGAAUAUCGGAAAGCCAAUUGCAGGCGCCUGCUGGGUGACCGAUCCACGAAACCCUCAACGAAUCACUUCUAUCGGUGCUGUAGGCGAGCUUCUUCUUCAGGGUCCUCAAGUAGGUCGCGGAUAUUUGAACAACCCGGAACAAACAGCUACAAGCUUUAUCUCAUGUCCAGAAUGGAUGCGACAUUUUGGCUUUGCUGAUGGUGCGAAGGAAGGCAGGGUGUAUCGAACAGGUGACCUCGUCCGUUAUGAUAAUGAUGGAUCUCUAUUGUUUGUAGGACGAAAGGACCUCCAGGUCAAACUACGAGGUCAGCGUUUUGAGCUUGCAGAAGUUGAGAAGCGACUACAGGAGGUCUGGCCCGAGGAUGUGACGGACGUCGUGGCUGAGAUUGUCACUCCGAUGGGUUCGAUGAAUUCGAAAUGUUUGGUUGUCUUUGUCGCUUCAAAAGCGGCUGAGAAGGCUUCACUGGUAUCCAGUUCAGCAAUCCCUUCCCUGGAAAUUGCUGCCCCGGCAAACUUUGCGGCCCAGAUAUCAAGUGUCAAACGCCAAGUCAGUGAUAUCCUUCCGGACUAUAUGAUACCGUCUGCCUUCAUCCCGCUUCGACAGAUACCUCACACACCUAGUGGCAAAGUUGACCGAAGGCGGUUGAGAGACUCGGCGGCGAGCGCAACACGAGUGCAGCUGGAGUCAUUAUUUGCUGAAGCUCCUUCAGAUAAGCGAGUGCCCACCACGGGGCUGGAGCGGGAUUUGCAGCACAUCUGGGCGCAAGUACUCAAUAUUGCAAUCGACGAGAUUGGUGCUGAAGAUAGCUUCUUCCAACUGGGAGGUGAUUCUAUCUCGGCUCUCAAAGUCGCAUCGAGGGCUCGGGCGGCUGGAAUUGCGCAUUCAGUGGAGAGUUUAUUCCAGUGGAAAACACUAAUGCGUGUUGCCAGACAUGCUACCAUUGUGGACUCCACAGAUAUCAUGGAUGGGAUACAGACUGCAGAUUCUUCCUUGUGGUCCCACUCACCCUACUCCUUGGUUACAGACCAUGAGCGUGCAGAUGUUUUUGCUUCGCACUUCCCACAGGGACAUUCGGUGGUCAAAGAGAAUGUGGAAGAUAUCAUCCCGGCGCUCCCAUUCCAAGUCUUCUACAUAACCCAUGCAUCGCCAGUCUCGAUGGCACAAAUAUUUCCAGUAGCUCUGGACAUUGACAGACUCAAAAUUGCGUGCAGGAAGGUUGUGGCUCACCACAGCAUCUUACGCACAGUCUUUGUGGAGACCAGUGGCCGGUUCCUCCAGGUGAUCCUCCGGGAAGUUGACCCUGUACUGGAUCUUGUUCAAUGUGAUGAUCCAGAGGCAUAUGUCGCUCGGGAGUCCGAACAAAAGGUUCCAGCUUCUACAACCCAGGGUACAAUGCCGGUUGGCUUCACUCUCGUCACCAGCCCUAUCAAGCAAUGCUCUGCGUUGAUUCUUCGCAUAUCCCAUGCGCAGUAUGAUGGGGCCUCCAUCCCCCUGCUAUGGAAGGCAAUUACGAAGGCCUACCACAAUGAGUCUCUCCCACAGGCUGUGCAAUUCAAGGAUGUCGCCUAUAAGCGAAUGGGCGAUCUGCACAAAGCUGAGAUUUCAUUCUGGCGACGAUAUCUUCAAGGUGCUCCGUCCGCUGCUCUCGAUCCCCUCCGUCAGAUUGGAAAGGCACGAAUUUCGGACAAUGAUAUAGCGGAAAAGGGCUACACGGCAAUGCCGUCUCUCCCACCGGACAUAACCAUGUCAACGCUCGUGAAAGCAGCUUUCUCAUGGAUACUAUUUGGGACAACCUCGCAAUCUGAUAUCAUCUUAGGUCAGGUUGUUCACGGACGUGGAAGUUCCUUUUUGGACGCGAACACAGCCAUUGGUCCCUGCUUGAAUCACCUGCCCGUUCGAAUCAGGAUCGAACCUGACUGGACGGUGGAGGAUUUCUUGGAUCAUGUCCAGGUACAGCAGCUAGAAAUCACUGCUCAUGACGAGGCAUCGUUUGACGCUAUCGCAGAAUCUUGCACAAAGUGGCAACCGGGCUCAAAAAUGGCUUGCCUUGUUCACCAUCAGAGCGAAGAAGCCCCGGAGCCCUUCGAAAUGGGUGGUGUUCGCUCGUCAUCUGGUUGCGAUUGGGCCAGCUCCAAGUUGGCGCACGGUCAGCUGGGUAUCAUUUCUGUGGAACGCGGAUCUCAGCUUGAGCUCAUGAUCACAGCUACAGAGGAGACGAUGGAUCAACGUAGCGUUGAGUUCCUAUUGGAUAAGCUGAUUUCCACCAUUCAGUUGUUCUCGAAGUUUUCCCAGUGCCGGCUGGCAAGGAUGCCUAGCAGGAUCCAAAUAUGA